GUCAUGUCCUCUCUCUCAGGUUUCGCUCUGUACCCAGCUUUGAGUGGAACAGUCAACGCACUCCUAGUGUAUUUCCAUGAUGGUCGGUGGAAUCAGUGGCAUGGAACAGAUUGAACUGAUGCAUCUGGAAUCUUCUACUUGGCUGUCGAGUUUGGCUGUUCGUGAGAGUUAUUUACCAUCUGAUAUCCCGCAUAUCCCGAUUUUGAUCGAGGAUAUUCAUCGAUACGCGACUUUACCUGAUUAUUGUAGAGAGAAUUGUAUACAGACCAUACAAACAAUUGGUGAGAUUGUACCCAUCACAGCGCGAGUUGCGCAUUUACGAAGUAUUUCAUCAGAUCGCGAGGCAAGAAUUAUUCUUAGUCUAGAGGAACUUCCUGUGCAUGCUCUUUAUUACAAGGAUGGCAAGGGAAGGCACCUAUUUAUAUGGGUACAAAGAGUUGAAAUAAAGUAAAAGCAGAGUAUUUAAAUGAAUCUUCCAUUUUUCUGCACAUACAUUUCAACGUUGGAUGUUAAGAGCUAGUGUUAUCACUGCAAUAAGAACAUUAUUUAAUCGAAAUAUGAGUAUAUUCACGCAAUGUUUGAAUCCUCUCACUGGUGCUGCUUCGUGGGAAGAGAAAGAUCAAUAUUACGAUUAUCAUCAAGAAGUAGCUAGAUCUGCUUUUGCAGACAUGCUACACGACCAUGAACGAGUCAGUAUCUUUUUAUAUUAUUAUUUUAUAUUUUUACUCCUUGAUAACACUGA